AAGAAAGAACUGACGUUGUGAUUGUGUGCCAAGAAAAAGAAAACGUCAGUCGGGUUUCAGUGCAUCAGUGCAUUUGCUUAAGAAGAAGCUAGCUCUGGAAGCUAGAGACUUAUUAAGAAAUGAAGAAAUAUCGCAUUAAAACAGCAGGAAAUGUUUUUUAAUAGUCUAACGCAUGAUCAAACGCAAAGUCUAGUAUGUGAUGUCUUCUCUUGAUUUAUUGGUAUCUCUUUGUGUGAUUCGUAUCGAGAUCAGCGACUUUGAUCUUUUAGAGGGCGAAGCUGCCAUGGAUAAAAAUACAAGAAAAAUGCGAGGUUCUCGCGAACCUAGAGACAUAACAAUAGAAACUUAUUCAGGCUCCAAAGAAAGACCUCUGCCACUUCUCUCUCAGAGUUCUCGAACAUCGAGUAAAUCACAGUCAACAUCAAGAGAAAACUCAGAAGAAAAGUCAUGCCUAUCCGCAGCUACGUCAUUAAAUAAUAUGGAAGGAGCUGCAGCUUGCAAUAUACCCGAUCAAAUUAGUUUUAUCUCAGGCAAUCCUUUCGUCGAGGUUACUAAGGGUAUUUUGCACCUUUUCAAAGAGAAUACACUAACAGAAAUGCAUUCUGCUGCUGAGCGAAGCAGUACAAUCUGCAUAUUGUCUGUUCCUGCAACUAUGACAUGUCAUGACUUGAUGAAUUUUACAGCUGCAUGUCAUCAAGAUAUCCAGUAUUUUAGGAUCAUCAGAGAUGGGAAUCCUAAUCAGUACAUGGCUUUGUUGACAUUUCGCUCAUCAGCUGCAGCUAGUGAAUUUUAUGAAACCUACAAUGGAGCUCCUUACAAUUCUUUAGAACCAGAAGUAGUUUGUCAUUUGGUUUUUGUUUCAAAUGUUGAAACUGCUGAUAAUGGAUUACCUCUAGCUGGCCACACUGAAUUACCAUCCUGUCCUGUAUGUCUUGAGAAAAUGGAUGAAAGUGUUGAUGGAAUCUUAACAAUUUUAUGUAAUCAUACUUUUCAUGCUGGUUGUCUUGUAAAAUGGGGAGACACAUCAUGUCCUGUUUGUCGUUACGUUCAAACUCCAGAACCCAUUGCAGAUAGUCAUUGCAUGGAGUGUGAUUCAGAAGUAACAAAUGAAGCUCUUUGGAUUUGUUUAAUUUGUGGUCAUAUUGGCUGUGGUAGGUAUGACCAAAGUCAUGCUUUUGAGCACUAUAGGGAUACUCACCAUUGUUAUGCCAUGGAGUUGGGACAAAACAGAGUCUGGGAUUAUGUUGGUGAUCAUUGGGUCGAUAGGUUAUUACAAAACAAAGAUGGUAAAAUGGUUGAAGGUGGUCAAGAACCUGCUAAAGGUGGUAGAGCAGCUGUUGAUGAAAAAGUAGAUUCUGUACAGUUAGAAUUCACAUAUUUAUUAACUUCACAACUGGAAACCCAACGAGAGUAUUUCGAAGAGAAACUGGCGCAAUUUGAGCAAAGAACUUGCGCAGAGACAGUAGAAUUAAGAGAAAAAGUCGAACGUCUGACGGAGGAAAAUACGAGAAUAAAGAAUCAAUUAACAGUGCUUACCCGUGAAAAACAAGCACUCGAGAAAAAGCUGCAGAACUCGAGCACGAAAUUAUCCCAAGCACAAUCUCAAUUGGCCGAAGAAAAAGAGCUGAGGCAGGCCCUUCAACACAAUCAAGCUUCUUGGCAGGCGAAACACAAGAAAUUACAAGACGAGAUGAACGAGUACAAAGAGAAAAAAGAAUCUGAAUCGAGCGAUUUGCAAGAACAAAUUCGUGAUCUGAUGUUCUUCUUGGAAGCCCAAAAGCAGAUUGAAAAUUCAGCAGAGAAAGAGGAGAUUGCUUCAGGACGUAUCGUGAUAGGACCAGGUUCAACUCCCACCAAGACAACCACACCAAAGAGUAAAAAUAAAAAAGAUAAAAAACACUGAAUUGUCAUAUGCUACACUGUGAAUGUACUCUUGUAAAAUACUUUUUAUUUUAACUUAUAAAGACGGUUGUAAAAUACUAGAUUUUUAUUCUUAAAGAAUUAUUAAAAAAACAGACAUUUAAUU